AGCUGAUCGGAGCACAUCAGCUGCUGUUCUUGUGUUUGUCCUGGACUCUUUAAGCGCCGUUUAUCGGCCCUUUUACCCGACAGGUGGCGAUGACCCGGAUCUAUCAGUAACAGGUCGAUCACACGAGCAGUCGGCUGGAUAUUCUACCACUACCUGGCUUCAAUAGGUAAGAGUGUGUCCGGACUAAAGAGAUGGCUCUGUUAAUGGAGCACCAGUUCAGACAGCUGCCAGCUGACAGACAGAUAGAAACAAGACCGUUUCUGGAGGCUGUGUCAUACCUUCCACCUUUCUUUGAUUGCCUUGGCUCCACUAUUUUCGCACCAAUAAAAGCUGACAUAUCCGGUAACAUCACAAAAAUCAAGGCAGUUUAUGAUACCAACCCAGGACGCUUCAAGACACUCCAGCAGAUUGUGGAGGCAGAGAAGGAAAUGCAUGGAGCACAGUGGCCCAAAGUUGGAGCAACAUUGGCUCUUAUGUGGCUAAAAAGGGGUCUAAGAUUUAUUCAAGUCUUCCUUCAGAGCCUUGUGGACGGUGAAAAGGAUGAUAGCAACCCAAACCUCAUUCGAGUCAAUGUCACCAAAGCCUAUGAAAUAGCCCUGAAAAGGUAUCAUGGCUGGUUUGUGCAACAGCUCUUCAGGGCAGCUCUUUACGCUGCUCCGUAUAAGUCAGAUUUCCUGAAGGCUCUCUCCAAGGGUCGGGAUGUCAAGGAAGAGGAGUGCUUGGAAAAAAUCAGAAAAUUCCUCAUCAACUUCACCGCCACUGUUGAUGCUAUUUAUGACAUAUACAAUAAGCUGAAUGCUGAUCUUGAUUACAAAGUGUGACUGUAGGAUGUUCCUCUUUCCUCCAGUGAUCCACUCAGUUUACAAAGUCAUUUACAUUCUGCAGUCUAGAGCUCUGCAGUCUAAAGCUUGACAUGGCACCCUUCAGGUCAUCUGACAGCUCACUGCGGGAGUGUAUCAUAAUACUCUGUCACACACAUCAAAUGUUUUGCACUUGUAAUCAUCUGUGUGCCUGUUCUGGCUUUCUCAAUAUGCCUUUUACUUAUUGCUGUUUGACUCUGGGGCAAAGUAGCUGCAGAUUUAAACUCAUUUUAAAUGAAUUUCUCUCCCUUUGUGGAGUCAUUUUUCUUUACAAGAAAAUCUUUUAUGUUUAAAAGCAAUAGUAUGGCCAGAUAUUUUAUAUGCAUGAUCCUAAGUACUCUCACAAACGUGUGAUAAUUAUAGCAAGAAUCAAAGUGCUACUUAUUAAAAGUAAUUUAAUGAGCCACAAAACUGUCAAUAAUGCAAAAAUGUAAUGUUUGAUACUGUAUAAUCAUUUCUCCCAUUCAUUUACGCAUAUGAUGUUGAAAGAAACAUUUUAAGGUUUUUAAUUUCUCUUCAGUCUUAAAGUCCACAACGCUACCUGUCACUAUUGUUCUAUAUCCCGAGCAAGAUAAGGGCUGCGUUUAUUUGUAAUGACAAAACAAGAAUUUAAAAUGUGCUAUGGCUAUGGCUUUUAUUUUGAAGUCAACAAUCAAAACCCACAACUCAUAAUGUAGUUUAUUUACAAAUCCUUUGGAAAAGAAGCCUCAUAUUUUCUUCUGUUAUAGUUUUCCAUGUUUUGGGGGUAUUGAACUGUAGUUUUUAAUGAAUUUUACUUCAAACAUUGUCCCAAGUCAUUUAGUAAAAGUUAUACAAAACAAUAAGCAGCUUAUCAUUUACCAAGACUUCUCUGACUUGUCUCAUGAACAUACACUGCUGGCUUUUAAUACUGAACACCUGUUUGUGCCUUAAGCUGGAGGUACGGAGCAUUUAAUUAACCAUGUCAGCUUUUCUGCCUUUAGUCCUUUAUAUUUUUAUACACGUCACUUUGUGUAAACCAGGCAGGCUGAUGGAGAACAUAAUAGUAAUCACUACUGAAGCUAUGGUCUGCCUCUUUUAUACUACGAUGCUAUGCAGGACUUGAUUAUGUAUCUUUACUCUUCUUUCAAAGCAUGUGCUUUUCUGUCCACUCUCAGGUGCUUUCAUUAAACUGAAUGUGUACUUCCUUUAAACCUCAUUGUCGAGGGGAUAUAAAGUGUUGUAUUCUCACUUCUUGCCUUCUACACGGUUGUUAGAUAGAAUUUCAGAUGAUUGUCGGAGUAAGGUGUCAGAUGUGAUAUUUUGACAACAUACUGACUUUGAGUUGAGGUUAUGUUGGUGGCCUUCGGAUAAUCAAUACAGUUUUGAGUUUAUGUUUGUCUGAUGUCUCUCUCUGUGUGUGUGUGUGUGUGUGUGUGUGUGUGUGUGUGUGUGUGUGUGUGUACACUGCAAAACAAAGAAAUCUUGUAUUUUCAACUAAUGUAAACCAAAAUUUGCAAUAAAAAAUAUGUGCAACAA